ACAUUCAUCUGCCAAUAAGAUUCAUACUUCUGAUGUAAACGUCAGUGUCCGCCAUUGUGGUGCGGCUUCCAUUUCCCUCAGAUUCUCCUCGUCGUCGGUGCGUGCUGUCGAAGCAACUAGAAAUUUCGGUGGGUUUUAGCUGUUGUCGACUCCCCUGAGACACUGCGCGUCAAGACACCCGUGGACGUACACCUCUGACUAUCAGGUCAAAAGUGCAAAGCAACAAUGGUGAAGAUAUUUAUCGGAAACCUGGCAGAGGAGACUACCAGGCAUGAAAUUGAAGCCCUCUUUACUCCGUACGGAAAAUUGACUGAAUGUGCCAAGUACAAAAACUAUGCCUUUGUACACAUGGAUGACCGCAAGGCAGCGACCAAAGCCAUCCGUGAGCUCCACCUCCGUAAACUCAACGGCAGGCCCAUGAAUGUGGAGCCCAGCAAAGGGAACAGCCAGGGUCCGGUCAAGCUUCACAUCUCCAAUGUAGAAAGGGGCUUCGAGAAAGAGUUACAAGCGCUCUUUGAAGAGUAUGGCACCGUAUCAGAGUGUGCCAUUGUGAAGAAUUUUGCAUUUAUUCACAUGACCAAUUCUGAUGAGGCCAUGGAUGCCAUUAAAGGUCUGGAUAACACAUUGUUUCAAGGAAAUUAUAUCCAUGUUCAACUGUCAAAAAGCAAACCUGCAUGGGCUCAAGAAGAGGAGGACUAUCCGCCACCACCUGGCAGAGGAGGCUAUUUCCCCCCUCCUCCUCCUCCUCGCUUUCAUCCAGAGCCUCCCUAUGGCGAACGCAUGUCUGCUUACCCACCUCCACCUCCCCCACCACAACCUCCUAGACGACCCAUGUAUCCAGACCGUGGUUAUGGCGAGCGAGAAGGCUAUAGUGUGGUGGAUUACUAUGAGAAAUUCAGAGCCCGUCCUUAUGGCGCCCCAGGUUAUGAAGACAGGCGCUCUGGCACCAUCCCUCCGCCACCGCCCCCCCCACCUUCAGGAAUGGGUAGGGAGCGUGUUGCAAUGAGCUCGCAUGAUCCGUAUGACCGGCGGCCUAUUCCCCCUCCUGCUAUGCCCUACAUGACCCGGGACCGCAGCCCCAUCCGACGAGCUCCGCCUCCUCCAGCUCCCCCCGCUCCGGUGGCUGGCAACGGGUACCCCUAUGAGCGCACCCGUUUCUCCCCGCAGACCAAACCUCAGGGAUAUGCACCCCCUUACGCCAGGCCCAACUAUGCGCAAGGCGGUCACCCUCCUCCGCAACCCAACUAUGGCGCCUACCAGGCCCAUGGUUAAAACAAAGGUUUAGAAUAUGAUGAACGCCGUCUGCUGAUGCGCAUGGUGCUAUACGCUCCCCCUUGUGUAUGGUGGAUUGCGUUGCGUUCGCCGGAGACUUACAGGAAGAUACUGUAUUGCGGACGGUGCCGUUCUUAAAAACAAAACCUGCGAUUCUUUGUUGCAUUUACGUAUAUCUCUGAGCUGUCAAUGCUUUUUCUGUUCUUCUGUUUUUCACUUUUCAAACUCGUGGAUUGUUGGGUUUCAGUGCUUAGUUUAGCAAGUGUGGCACGCUACUUUUACCUCUUAAAUGUUGGUAGAAAGACAUUAUUCAAAUUGAAAUACAUCCAGUCUUUGAACAGAAAUAUUGUAGCUAUUGUGUAGACUGAUUUUUUUAUAUUUUACCCAUAAAAAUCACGUAAAAAAAAAAAAAAAGACUUCAGCAAAUGUGUCUAUUCAACUUGUGUCGCUAAGACAGACAUAAAUCGAAGCUCUUUUUUCCGACCUGUACGCCUGUAAAGUCAAAAUUAUAGCAUUGAUUUCCCCUCCCUUCUUUACUUUGUUAGUCUAUUUCUCAGUUUAUACAGCAGAGUUAUGUAUGCUUUCAUUUAAAAGUUGCCCCCCAUUCCCCCAUUUUAAGUUUUUAAUAAACAGAUGAAACACAAAACGAAA